AUGCUUUCAGAACAGCAUCCCAUUUUCAAGUGUCAGCCUUUCGAAACCGGCCGUUCGAAGCGGUUCGUUUGCCAUUCUAGCCAACAAGAUCGUAAGAUAGUGGUUGUGGAAAAGAAUAGUAUCAAGUGGUGUUUGCCCGAGGAGGAUGAGUACCAUUUUGCAGAAAUUGAAGCAAUCGAAAACUACCAAUCAGCUAUCUUGAACGAUCAUGGCACUCUUCUGUGCCUUCACAAUGACAAGGAGCUGCAAAUAUUAUCUUUGGAGGGCAUCGCCUCUAGAGAUUCCUUGAGUGCGUACAAAUUUUCGGUACCAGCAGGAAUAAAACAAGUUCUGUGGCAUCCUAAUGGCCGUGUUGGAUCCUGCAUUGUGGUCCUCACAGGUAGUGACGAAAUUUGCAUGUACGAACUUCUCAGUGACGAUAUCUCAAUGCCCACUGGAAUAUGGAAUUCUACAACUAGUCAAAAGCCGGGAAUAGACACUAUUGUUAGAGACGUGGUAUCCAUGUCAUUCAGCAACGAUGGCAUGACCCUCUAUGUGGUUAACACCAGUGAAGGUGCAGACAUAUAUUCGAUCUAUCCUUUCUUGCCUUCGGAAAUCGAAGUGACUGAGGAGCACGUAAACUACCAAUUCCACAAAGCUUUACUUCAGUACAAUGGUCUAAAAGAUGGUGAUAGCUCGGAAGUCAAACGCUUCGUAACGAAACAGCUAAAGUUUGCAUCUCAGCUCCGCGGCCUGGGUCAAGACCAUUUGAAAAACGAUAUAAGCAACAACGCAAAGCUUUUGCUGCCUAUAUCAAACGCUUACCGAAAUUCCGUUUUACAAGGUCCUCACACAGUCAAUCCAUUCCCGGAACGUCUUUACAACGCCACUGCUACACAAGUUAACACGCUAAAACUAGCUGACAGAACCAGUGAAAUUCUUCUGUUAUCAUUUGACGAUGGAACCAUUUUACAAUGUUUCCGGGAUUCAGAGCCUGUAAUGGCUUGGGAAAGUAACGAUGAAGCGCUCACCAAUUCACUUAUUACACUCGGCGCUUUGAAAAUACCUGGUCUGAUAUCGGCCGUGUCUGAUACCGAGUUUAUCGUUUUAUCGCCCAAUAAAGCUUCUCUGGUAGACGUUUCGCGUCUCACAAAGGCAAUUGACCAGGCCUUGCGUGAUUGUGACAUUGCUGCAUUACUGGAAGUAGAUCUAAGUGAACAGAUCUAUGAGCAAGAAGGUUUAUUCAAUAGUUGCAGUUUAUGGUCAUCGGGUCAAGAAUAUGUUCUUUUAUCGGAUCAUUCCGUAAGCCACAUUGAUAUCCCAUUUACCAAGAAACAGCCGGUAAUACAACAGCACGAAAAGAGUGCUGCCCUAAUUCAACGACGCCCCUAUGAGCAGCCAAUCACAGAGCUUUUGGCUCUGAAUAAGAGAGUACAAACAUUACUGAAAACUCCCUUAACAACAGCUAUAGAACCUAAGCUCCGACAGAGGAAGUUAGAUAAUGAGUCUAAUGAGGAGCAGCUCUCCGUUCUGACCGGUAUAUCUAAGGAAAUACUGACUCGAAUCAUGGUAGCUCAAACACUGGCCUUGAUGCUUCAUACGCGUCUCUCGGAACAGCAAGGAGAGCUCACAAACCAUCUCGAGCGAGUUUGUGACGUUAUAUCAAGAAAGAAAGCAAUUGAUGAAAAGCUGGUUCCUCAACAAGAGCGGUGGAAGCGGGUGCAGAACACGAAUGACAACAUCAAAGGCAGGUUCGACGCAUUGCAAGACAAGUUGAAAAUGAUUUCACUUUCCGAUGAACUGAAAUCCAGGGCUAUAUCACGCACAGAAAUGGAAUGGUUCAUGGAGGUGAAGAGCCAAGUUUCAAAGUUCAAUCGCUUAGUCUACUCCCAGCGUGAUCUGAACGAGACGUUAUCGCUUUUGAAAUUGAAAAUGGAUUACGUCGAUGUUGACAGUCCUUCCUCAGCAGAAACAACAGAUGCUGUAUCUUGGGAAACGUUACGCGAGCAGCUUGCAAGAGAUGCUCAGAUAAUCGGAGAGUGCCAAGUGCAGCUUGAAAAUGCGUCGAGAGAACUAGAAUAG